AAGCAUGCUUAUAUAAAACAAAGUCAUACUCAGCCUGCAUCAGUGGAGGCAGCAGCAGAGAACCACUAUCUUUCCAUCACAAUUGGAUACUCAGGUACUCCCCCUCCCCCUCCGCCUUUAUCUCCUCUUUUACAGAAAGAAGAAAGAAACAUACCAUGGACUGAAAGACAGCGAGAACUGCAGCUUGUCAGAGAUUACAAGCCUCACAAAGAUGUCCAGCAUCUCAGAAUUAUGCUUCAUGGACCACCAGGUGCUGGAAAGUCCAGCUUCAUCAACUCUGUCGACAGUGCUUUAAGAGGCAAAAUUGCAACUCGAGCAUUGGCAGCGGCAAACUUUGGUGCCAGUUUCACUAAUGCAUACAGGACAUAUAAAAUUCAGAAAGGAAAUCCAGAAAUGUUUUACCCUUUUGUCUUCACUGACACCAUGGGCCUUGAGAGUGGCGAUGAGGGAGCAAUUCAUGUGGAAGACAUCAAACUUGCCAUGAAUGGACAUGUCAAAGAAGGUUACACGUUCAAACCCACAGCUCUCUUGCGUGAAUCGGAUCCUGACUACAACAGUUCUCCUACUUUAGAUGACAAAGUCCACAUUGUGGUCUUUGUUAUUCCCGCCGACAGAGUGAGCAUAAUCAGUGAUAAAACUUGGAGGAAGAUGAAAGAUGUCAGACUACAUGCUCGUGACAAAGAGAUCCCACAAAUAGCUCUCAUGACUAGAAUUGAUGAAGCCUGUCCUGAAGUCAAAAAAGACAUAAAGAACGCCUACAGGAGCAAGUACUUGAAUCAGCUGAUGCAAGCAGUGUAUUCCACCGAACUGCAUCUUCCUCGUGAAGAACUACCACACAGAGAUUGAGACGGAUAACGAUGUGGAUUCACUGAUACUGAGUGUACUGAAAAAGAUCAUUGACUAUGGAGAGGACUACCUGAAUGACUUAUAAUCCUGACCUGUAACCAACGUGUGAGGGCAAUAGAAAAUGAAAAUAUUAAGUUACUCUUUGCAUGAUUUUGCUUUGCCAUCAUUACAAUCACAGUCACAAAAAAGUUGAUUUCAUUAGAAACUUUAGUUUACUGAUUUUUGUGUUGUUCUUAUUUUAUUUAACUUUUUGUUCUUUCACAAAAUAAAUCCAAAUAACCUACUCAUAAAAUCAAUAGAUAUCCUUUUUGUUAUUUACUGUAUGUUCAAAAUGUUAACAGUAGGGAAAAUGACACAUAUAUGCCUGUAACCUGUUGAUUUAACUCAAAUAAAUCAUUUCAA